AUGUCUUCAUCGUUUAAUUGGAUAGGAGAGACAUUGUUGAGGACUUUGGAUAAUGGAGAUGAUAAGAAUGAUACCAGUCCUCUACCACCUGGAAGUGGACCUCUGCGACCAUGGUUCUCCACCCAACUCAUAUUAUCGCUUGCCAUUGGAUUGACGAGUUUCUUCACGUUUUGCUUCUUGAGGACGAGGUGGGAUGUAGUUUACAUGGGUAGAACAAAGCUUAAAGACUUCUCGCCUACGCCUGCUCAUUCACCUGAUGCUCAGAGCUCAUCGGGCAAGACGAGGUUUUUCGGAUGGAUCAGACCUACACUUAGGACUUCGGAAUUUACUGUCUUACAGACUGUAGGACUAGAUGCUGCUGUCCUUCUUAACUUUUUCAGAAUGGCAUUCAUGCUCUUUGGUUUGUCGGCGUUCCUAGCUACAAUGGUUCUCAUACCGUUAAACCUUUUCCGUCAUGGUUCUACAGACUCUGCCCCUGAUCCAGGUGAAAACAGUACCAUCAGCUACACGACAUUAUACAUCAACGCAAUAGCCAAUAACACUACACCCAUCACUCGACCAAGUCUGUAUGAUAUCCUACUUGAUCCCACAACAUCUUCGACCAUUCAUCUUAUUUUCACUUACCUCUUCACAGCCUUGUGUCUCUCUUUCUUCCAUAACAACUUUCAUCGAUUCGUCCUAUCCCGACAAUCUUUUGGAUUACAUUUGAUCCAUUCAAUCUCAGCUCGGACAGUCCUCGUAUCCAAUCUGCCUCAGCAUCUGAGGGGCGAUAGAGCCCUGGCGGACUAUUUCGAGAAUUGCGGAUGGAUGGUAGAGAGCGUUAGUGUUUGUAGGGAAGUCGAACCGGUUAGGAAAGUAUUGGAAAGGAGGACAGUGGCGUUAUUGAAAUUAGAAGAAGCAUGGGUAGAUUGGGUAGGUAAUCCUGUGAACAAGUUGAUUAAAGGGUAUAGUUCCAAUGUGUAUAUAAAACCUCCCUUGGCGGGUAGUCUAUCAACCUCGCCGCAAAGAACAGAAGUUAGAUUGAUACCUGAUCUAGAAGAUAACGAAGAAGAAGAAGAGACUCAUCAAGGUCCACAAUUGACUUCUGCAUCUGCGAAUGGAUCAUCAUCUUCCGAUACUGAGCUGGCCCAAUCGUCGACUUUAGAAGAAGGUGAACAAAGAGCACAUGUACAUAUACACACCACUCGCCCUCGACCUACCUAUAGACCGAAUUGGUUUGGGAAUAAAGUGGAUGCGAUCGAAUAUUGGGAAAAAGAAUUUGAGAAAGCAGAUGAAGAAGUCAAAGACUUGAGGAAACGAGGAAGGUUCGAAGCUACCCAUGCGGCGUUUGUCACUUUUGAAGAUGCCAAAGAUGCUCAAACCGCAUGUCAAGUCUUACAUUACCCUCAUCACUCUGAAGUGGUCACUGAACUUGCACCCGAACCGAGAGAUGUAGUAUGGAGUAAAGUGUCGAUGCCGAAUCGUGAAGCGCAGAUUAGAGAUUUCUUUGUCAUGGGAACGACGGGCGUAUUCUUCCUAUUCUGGUUCGUCCCCGUAUCAUCACUUGCAACUCUACUAUCCUACGAGGAAAUCAAGAAGAUCAUGCCGUGGUUAGCGAAGAUUAUCGACGCCUCACCGCGUUUAGCAGCGAUUGUCCAAAACUCUUUACCACUUUUGGCAUUGACCAUUUUCAACGGCCUAUUACCUUUCUUCUUGGAAUGGUUGAGCUAUCGACAAGGAUUCAAGAGUAGAAGUGCGACUGAGUAUUCUCUCUUGAAGAAAUAUCACCUCUUCCUGUUGAUUUCGGUUUUGUUCGUCUUCCUCCUUACCACCACUUAUAUUGCCAUUGUACGGGACUUUGUGGAUAGUCCUAUGAAGAUCCCACAAAAGCUCGCCAGCGCUCUUCAAGGUGCCAACGUAAGGAACUUCAUGGUGUCCUAUGUGAUGCUACAAGCACUCGGUCUCAUGCCCUUGCAAUUGCUCAACAUGGGUCCGCUCCUGACUCUUGGAUAUUCCAGAGCACUGUCGACAAAGACUCCCAGAGACUACGCCGAAGCGAAUGCUCCUCCCAUGUUGAACUACGGCUGGGUAUACCCCCAAGCCUUGUUGGUAUUCACAAUCACCUUGGUCUAUAGCGUCAUGAGUCCUCUCAUCUUAGUAUUUGGUGCGAUAUACUUUGGAGUAGCUUAUCUCGUGUACAAGUAUAAGCUCUUAUUCAUCUACUUCAAGCCAUAUGAAUCGAAUGGUGAGGCCUGGCGAAUCACAUUCGCUCGUACACUGUGGGCCUUGGUACUUUUCCAACUGUUCAUGACUGGAUUGUUCUCCCUUCGGCAGUUCUUCUGGGCCUCUGGAGCGAUGAUUCCUCUCAUAUUGUAUACACUAUGGUGGAGUUGGGUGAUGUGGCGAGAUUUCGGACCUCUGAGUCAGUUCCUCGCUUUGAGCAGUAUCUGUGAGGUCAAGAGGGGUGAGGAACCAACUGGUGUAGCUGGAGUAGGGGAUGAGGGGGCUGUCAGUAGGAGUCAAAGUAAUCUUAAUCACCGACGAUAUGCUGUGAACGAUGAAACACUCUACGUGGCGCCGAGUGAUCGACGAACCGACUACUCACAACCACCCAUGAACAAUUUCUAUUUCGGUGUAUUGAAUACAGGUAGGCGUCGAUAUGACCAUCCUGCUCUGAGCGGAUUAUUGCCCACACCUUGGUUACCUGCCAAAGCAAAAUUUGGCGAUGGAGCUAAAGAAGGUGGCAAGAGAAGUGUUGUAUUGAGUUUGAGAAGAAAAGUAGCCAAGAAGUUACAGAGAGAACGUGGAGAAAAUGGAGGUGAUACACCGGAUUCAGGUAAUGGAAGUGGAAGUGGAAGUGGAAUACCAGAAGGAUGGUCGACUGGACAGUCACUUCGGCCUUCAAAAUCGUCUACAAGUCUCAAGAAAUCUUCUUCCUCCCCUGGAGCAGGGGGAUCACGUUCAGGAUCAUAUGGUGCGACAGGGGACAGUUUGAACCCUUGGAGAGAUCCUACACCACCACCAUCUGAAUUGAACGCUUCUGGAAUGUUGAGGAAGAAAAUAAGCUUUGAUCCGGGGAGCGGAGUUAUAGCUUUGCCCGAACAUAAUAUAUGGGGUGAUGAGGAAGAGGAUGAUGAUGAGGAGAAUAACGGGGAGGAUGAACCUGAAUCUCCGUCAACCUACUAUCAUAGUCGGAAUCGAGCUAGGACGUUGAGUUCGUCAAGAGUAUUGGAUAACGUGCCUCCUUCGGGUAGUAGUGGUGGUGGAAAUGCUGGACCGGGACAACCGGGAAGUGGUAUACAGCUGUAA